AGUAGCGUCGUGCCCGGCCGCAGGCGCUCGGUUGCCCGGGUUGCGGCGGGGGCUGCUCCCGAGGUGGGCGCACGGGCUGCCGACGCUCCCCGGUUCGCGCUCGAAAAGACGACGCCCUGACCGCCAGCAUCAUGGCUUCGGCUGGGGCGGGUAUGAGCGAGCGCGAGCAGAACGGCUGCAGGGAACUGUUGAAGCUGCUGAACACCGACGACCUGAUCGCCUUAACGGACACGGUGACCAACCGCCUCGUGCAGCCGGACAAUCGUCAAGAAGCCAUACGUGCCAUCUUACUGUACAGCCAAAGUGCAGAAGAACUGCUGAAGAGAAAAAAGGUCUUUAGAGAUACCAUCUUCAGGUACUUGGCAUCCAAAGGUGUUAUAGUGCCUCCUGCAUCUGAGAAGCAUCAGCUUAUUGAUCAUGCAAAGCAGUACUGGUGUGAACGCUUGCAGGAUUGUGACACAGAAUUAAAAUGCGAAAAGCCUACUGUAAAGAUACAGGAGGAAGAGGAGGAAGGGAAAGGAGGAGACAAGCAAGGAGGAGACAAGCAACAAGAAGACAAAGAGUAUCACAGUUUGGGAAAAGAAUUUUGUCAGUGGUUUUUUGCUAUGCUGAAUUCUCAAAAUCCAUUGUAUGGAGAAUCACCAAAAGAAUGGGGGCCACAACACUUCUGGGAUGAUGUAAUACUAAAAUUUUGUUACAACACAUCAGAACAAAAUGUUGAAGAGUAUUCAGGUGCAGAAUUGGUGAGCCUUCGUUUACUGUCAUUGGUGAAAGAAGAAUACCUCUACCUGAACCCCAAUUUGAAUGCUGGUGGCCUGAAGUGUGUUGUUUCAACACAUGGGUUAGUUGCAGUGGCAGUAGCUGGCACAGUUCAUAGAAAUACUUGUUGCUUGGGCAUCUUUGAGCAAAUCUUUGGCCUCAUCCGCUGCCCUUUUAGGGAGAACACAUGGAAAAUUAAGACUGUGAAACUAAAAAUUGUUGGUCAGACUGCUUUGGAACCUGGGACCCCUGUAGAAAGACCUUGCAUAAAAUAUGAGCAAGAUGAACUCCAGGAGCUUGCCUUGGCUGAGCCUCAUAGAUUCUGAGCAGAAUGAAGGAGGAAAGUUUGUUGGCCAAGGAAAAUACAUGAUAAUUCUUGAGCAUUCAAAUGAGUUGUUUACUUCUGUUCUUGAGUCAGAUUUUUUGACUGAAUGACAAGCCAAAAUACCAUCUUUAAUUGGGUAGACUCUGGUAUCCUGGAGGGUACAAAAUGGCACAUUAUUUGCCAACCAAAAUUUAAAAGAGAAUAAAUGGAAGAUGAGGAAACACUAUUCAUUUUCUCUCCUUGUCAUAGGCCUUUUUUCUCCUGUGUUCCCUCCCUUCCAACUAACACACUGAAAAACACCAUUGGAACUUAAUGGAUCAAAUAAUUUGCAAACAAAAGGAAGGAUGUCAAUUUAGGGAAGACUUUCUUGCCUAAAGCUUCCUGUUCACCUUCCAGGAAUGGGAGAGAGGCUGGAACGUAAGGACCCUGUUGACUGCAUAUGCCUAGCUUCUCUGUAUUAAAAAUUCCACAAAUCCUAAAUCUCAGGGUUGUACAUAACACAAAGUAUUUUGUUUAAUUGUAGAUAAUGGAAAAUGCUAUAUUGUUGCGGGAUUAUUAAACUGGAUCAGUUCUAAAGAGAACUUUAAAUUACAAGAUUUAUUUUUAGGUUAUCAUCAUCAUUCUGUGUCCCCCAAUUGUAACUGCAGUCCAUUAUUUAGAAGGGUUUUACUGAUAACUCUUUUGAAACUACCUUUUCAUUUCACAGGUUGGUUUUUUUGUAUGUGUGUGUUCAUGUAUAGCCACUUUUUGGUUGUGUGGCUAAUCCAGAGCAAUGUGUUUGCUCUUUGUAAAGCAGUGCAGUACAGUUGUGAAACUGAGAGAACAUGAAUCUGAUUUAUGACAGCUAUUACCAAAGUUUAAAAGCCCACCCAAUAAUGUUUAAGCCAGCACUAACCACUGUCCUCAGACAAACAUUCUGCAGCAGUAUCUAGAAUAUUGUGGAGCAAGCAGUUUCAGAGUGGCAUUCUGACUUUUAAAUUAACAGUAGAUCCUUGCGAUUACAGUGUCCUUAAACUGACUUUUGUAAAUAAGCAGCAGCAUUUGAAAACACUGGCAAUGUUGGAUAUUUUCUAAGCUUUUUAAUUAUUUUUCAUGCUUUUCCUAAAAGUUAUGCAACUAUGAUAUCUACAUACCUGCCUUUUGGUAGAAAAAAGAACUCUCAUUUUAAAACCAAAUAAAAUGGCCAGUAGCUAUCCUUAAAACUAUAAAGCUGUUGAAAUAGUUGGACUAUAUUUAGACACGUUUGUUUCCUCUUAUGAAAAGGUUUGGUAAUAUCAAUACAUUUUUAGCUUUGUUUUGAUAGUGUUUAGAUGCAGUCACCUUGAAUUAACAGUUGACAGUGUUUCCUUCUAUCUGUACCAAAUUACAUAUAAGUGAUUGUUUCAGAAUUCUCUCGCUGAAGUAGUCUUUAUAAAUAUGCAAACUAAUAACCUCUUACACUGCCACAUAGUUUGACAACAUCAUUUGAACAAAAUGCAGAAUAGUGAUCAACCAAGACUGUGCUGAAGUGUUAGCUGUUUCUUUCAACAGCUUAAUUGAUAAGGAAUUGAUAAAAUAUGCACUUUAAUUUUUUUGUUUUCAUAUGUAACUAUAAAAGCAAAAUAUUCAUUGUUGGAUUUUGGUAUAUGCUGACUGAUGUACCAUUUAAAAUAUUGCAAUAUUUUGGUUCUAUUUUCCUUGCAUCUGUAAUAGGAUUAAUAUUUAUUAAGUUAACAUUAUCUUCUUGUAAUACUGCAUUGCUCAGUAUCACGUUUCUGGUACAAUAGAAGGACCUAAGGCAGAGUGUGUGAAAACCUAGAAGUUGUUAGAAUAGCAGUUGUCUUAAGUGCUAUUCUGUUCUGUUUUCCACUAAUGGCCCCAGAGAGACACAUAAUUUAGGACAAUAAAUCUCCCAAGAAACUCUUGAUUAAUCUCAUCCUUGCUUGGCCUCACUUCCCCUCAUCCAUUUACCCUAAUUAAGUAACACUUAAUACUUUUCACCAAGCCUGGUAGCUUUUCCCAUCCGGUACUCACAGGGUCAUCAAGCACCAUUUACACCCAUUAUCCACCUCUGGAAAAUCCAUCAAGUUACUGUUUUGGGGGCGAAAUGACAGCUUGCCCCAGGGAGCAUUUUGUUGUGUAUCUGGUGUUCCCCACUCUCUCUCUCUCUCUCUCUCUCUCUCUCUCUCUCUCUCUCUCUGUGUGUGUGUGUGUGUGUGUGUGUGUGUGUGAACCCACACACACACCCAAAUCCAUUUGGAUCUUCUCUCCAUGAAAUGCUGGUCGUUUUGCUGCUGUCUCUGUGGACCUUCAUCUUGAAGACAUAAUUAUAGCCUACUCCAAAAUCACUUUCUCCUCUCCUUUCCUUCCUCUUAGUUAGCCUUGCACCUGUUCUGUGUGUGAUUGGUAGUUUGUGCUUUUAUUUCUCUUUUAAUAAAAACUUUUCAAGCUGAACAUAUGGCUGGUUUAUUUCAAGAGUUCUCUUUAGGGAAAAAUCCCCGUAAAUAUUGGUAGAGAAUCCCAGUUACCUCCUCUCACUUUGUCUCCUUUAAGCUAAUCCCCCCCCCACCCACCCCAUAACUAAUUAGGAGACUGCCUAUUUGGGUAACAACUUAUUAAACUUUGGAUUCGUUAUAAUAAAUAUUAAAAGAUGGAGCCCUUUCAGUUUGUUUUUGAUUAAUGUCCACACACAUUAGCUACGAAUGUAGUAGUCUUCUCUGAUGAUGUCCAUUCUUAGAUUUUUUUUCUUUUUCCUCAGGAUUUUUGUUUUUAUUUGCCAUAGACACUAUGUUAAUUUUAUUUUUUAAAUCAGAGGCCAAACUGAACUAUUUCAUAUUUUUGUUUUCAAAAACUUGGUGUGAAUUUUUUUUCAAAUGAAGUAUUACAUUUCUUGGAGACGGAAUAGUGCAUUGGUUGCAAUUCUACAAAGGGAGUAUUUAGAGGAGGAAGCAUACUUGUUAAGGAUGUAUUUUGGAUGGGAAGAAAAACUACAUUUGGGAGAUUCAUAGAAUUAAUACUGAGAGGUGGGGAGAAAUAGAUUAGUGCUCUGAAUAGCAAUUACAUGAAACCGUGUGACUUCUUCAGUGGCUGCCUGCAUAGUGCUGUUCUGCAAUCGACCAAGAACAUAGAAAUUAAAUUAUGCUAAAUCAGUUUCACAUUUCAGCUUGCAAAAGCCAUAAUGGUUACUGGUUUGGCAUCCAUAAGGGCAUUUUUGUCCCUCUUUUCUCCUCAAAUGGAUUUCAAGCAACAAGAUAUUUCCAGAAUACCAAACAGCCACUUCAAUAUGGUUUAGCUAGAGAAAGCAAACACAACCUGGGCAUGUCCUGAUAAAAGUAAAUUGGAGAUCAAUGGAACAGAAACUUGGAGUAAAGCUAGAGUAACCAAGUCUUACAUGUUUCUCUUUUUAUGGUACAUAUAUUUCUCAAUGGUCCUCAUACCAGACUUCCUUAUGAUUCCCUCUGUGGGAGGAUAGUAUAAGAAUUGCAUAAAGAGAUCUUCAAGAUGGUAUCCCCCAAUGUUUAUUGAUGCCAUAUAAAUACUGAAUGUGGCCCACUAUGUGAAAGAAAACAUUUGAUAUGAGAUCUUCAGAAAUCUGCUUUUUUAGAUACUUGCAAGGCUAUGACACUGGGAAAAACUUUUGUUGGAAGAUGUUGGAUAUUUUAUACUGCGUGA